AUGUUGAAAACACAUUCUCAUUACUCUGACAAACAUAUAAAUGACGUCAAUUUUACAUUGUAUACUGCACGUGGUUUCUACGACAUGAAAAUAUGGCUUCAUGUACGACACAGACAUCAACGUUAUUGUAUUAGUCAUUUUACAGCGCAUCGACAGGAGUUAGUUGGACGAAUGGGAGAAAUUGGACAAAUACAUGAUGAAUUACUGUAUAAUCUUGAACAAGAAAAUUUAAUGUCUGAAUUAACUUCAUGUAUCGAAGAUUGGAAACACGAAUCAAACAAACAGAUUGAAAGCACAGCUAAACAAGCUCUACAAGAUUUACAAACUUGGUUUAAUCAGAUGAAAUAUCAUUUUAAGAAAGAUCUGAAGGAGUUGAGUGAAAGUUUGAAAUCGAGACAAGAAUCAAAUAAUUAUGCCGAGAAAGAACUUGACGAAUGGAUGCGAAAAUUAUUGCAAAUGCGACAGAUGAUCAAGAAACCACCAUUAAUCGAUAUUGUGGAAGAUAAAACCUGUAAAUCCAUUCAUAUGAUCAAAGUAGUUGACCGAUCCAUACCUGAAACUGCAACAUCUGCCCAUCACAUCAAGCUGAUGACAAUGACCGAAGUUCAAGAAUUAGCCAAACAGCCAGGCAGAUGUGUUAUAGUUAUCAACAAUAAAGUUUAUGAUGUAACCAAAUUUGUUGAUGAGCAUCCAGGCGGCGAAGAAAUACUGGAAGAACACAACGGGCGAGAUGCUACGUGUGCCUUCGAAGAUGUUGGCCAUUCUUCUGAUGCAAGAGAGCAAAUGGGAGCGUAUCUAAUUGGUCAACUUCAUAAACGUGUUUUACCUUGA